GAUAAAAAUCAGAUACAGUACAUUCUGUAUUUAUAUACUGCAGAUCCAUCAAGAAGCCACAGUCGACAAGAGCUGGGGUCAGAAAGGCAGUCCCUGGGAGUUCAACCUGCGUGAUCUGUUUCGAUGGUGUGAUCUUCUCUGUCACAAUCAGGUUGCCAGUGGAUUUAACCCUGGUGAGUUUGUUGGCCUACUGUACAUUGAGAGACUGGGGACACUUCAGGAUAAAUAUAAGGUGAAGGAUCUGUACGAGAGAAUAUUUCCUGAUAGUCUGCCAUUUUAUGUGCCCAGUAGACAAGUAACCAUUUCCAACAGUGUAAUACAGGCAGGACACUCAUUUCUCUGCCGUGAAGAGUUUGUGUCAAGGGAGACAACUCGGUCACUGUACCUCCUUCACCACCUCCUGGAGCGUAUGGAAGCAGUGAUGAAGUGCGUCCAGAUGAACUGGAUGCCCAUUCUUGUGGGGCCUCAGUCCUGUGGUAAGACCAGCUUGGUCCAGCUACUGUCCAGUUUGACCGGCCAUCACCUACAUGUUCUAGCAAUGAACUGUUCCAUGGACACCACAGAACUACUGGGCAGAUUUGAAGAGGCAGAUAUCCAGAACCAUGUAGAGAAACUCGUCUACACAACCGAAUCUGUUGUCUUGGAUACCACCAUCCUGCUUCUCCAAGGUCAACAUGUCAGUAUGGCAGGGAGGCUGCAACAAUCCUGGAACAGCUUCAGGCAGUGUGAAGAUGCGGAGUUUGGAAUGAAACUGUCGAGUGUAGAAGAGCUAGAGUCUGUCAAGGUCAAGGUCACAUGUCUGACAGAGGUCAUAAGUGACAUUAAGCAGUCUCUCCAGACUCAGACAUCUGAUAAAGGAGCCGAAUUUCUGAAGACAGUAACAGACUUGGAGUCAGAGGUGACCUCCAAGUUAACGUUGACCUAUGUAGGGUCAGGCAGCGGGGCAUUUAAGUGGGCUGACAGCGUGCUGGUACAGGCAUUACAGGCCGGUCACUGGCUACUUAUCGACAAUGUCAACUUCUGCAGGUAUCAAUUGUUCACAGAGAAUAACAUGUUAUGUCCUAAAUAAUGUAACAGAAAGGUAUGCUCAUUGCUUGCGAUCCUUUUAUCCUUUAAAGUAAACCUGCCAAGACUU